ACUACAGUACAAUAUAUUUUGUUGAUUAAUUAAUAUUAAAUUAUGCCUCCGACAAACGACGACGACGAUCCUUAUGCACAUGCUGCUAAAGGACCUCUUAAAUUAAAAAACGAUCAGACCGUGAGCAAAAAGAAAAAGAAAAAAGAUAGCAAAAGUAAGAAACUAGUGGAGAUAGCCAAUAAAAUCGAAGAGGAGAUACCACGGAAUAUUGAAAUAAAGCGUACAAAGGCGGAAAUAGCUUUUCAAAAAAUGCAAGAAAAAAUGCAAAAUGAGAGGAUAAAACAGAAGGCUUCUAUGACACACAAACAACGCGUCGAAGAAUUCAAUAGGCAUUUGGAUAGUUUGACAGAGCACUUUGACAUACCAAAAGUCAGCUGGACCAAAUAAAGGCACCGUUUAUUUUUCGACACAUUUUUAUUUAUUUAGAUUAUAAAUAACAAUCUGUGACAUAGUUUAUAAAUAAAGCUUGUACAAGUUCAUUUUAAUAACUCGUAUGUAGUAUGAAAAAAAGUGUAAUAUUAUAUCUAUAUAAUACGUCUAUAUUUAUCAUGCUUUUAGACUAAUCAAAUGUAUAAAAUUUCCAUUCAUUAAAUAAUGUUAUAAAGAAAACUAUCUCCAAUAUUCUGAUAUCGGUGAGUAAAAUAACGUUUUUGUAUGCUUAUUAUAAUAUCCAUUGUAUGUACAUUAAAGCACAAAUUGGACGGAA